AUGGCGUUCACUGGAGGGCUGGACACCAAAGGCCUAAGAUGGGUUGGAGAGAGAGUACAGUCUGCUGUCAACAACUUAAGGAAAGGAGGAGGCUUCGGAUUGCCUUCUUCAGCAGUACCCGUGAAUGGCGACGAAAGCGGGUUUGGUUCAGAUGUGGAUGGGAAUUGUGGAAGGAACCGAGUAAGAUGUCCUGAAAUUAUAGAAGUUGAAUUGUCUGAUUCAGAUACAAGUACUGAAUUUGCAUUUAGCCAACCGGAAAGGAACAAUGAUGGUGCCCCGAGAUGGCCAUACACUUUGAACGAUUAUUCUGCUAGUGUUACUUUGCAGGCAAAUAUGGAAACAAGAUCCAAGCAUAAUCAGGUGGUGCGGGAUCGUCUGGAAGCACAGCUGAAGAAGAAUAUUUCUAAUAAUAAUCCCAGUGCUCCUGUUUUGGAGAUUGAAUAUGCUGAUGAGCCAAGUUCACCUCUUAGAGCACAUGACACAAGUCACUCUUCAAAUUGGAUUGUUCCUGCCAACACAAAUGGUUCAAGAAAAGCAGAAAGUGUCUUUUCUGGCAGCUCUAUACACUAUGCUUCCAGCAAUGGAAUUUCUAACUCACCAAUCAGGACAUUGCUGGGGAACUAUAAACUGACUAUUAAGAAUUGCAGGACUUCUGCUGGUGUACAAGUUCACGGAUCUCCAAUUCGUUCACCUGCUCACCUACCAGUAUUUCAUGCAAGUGUGCAAGGUACUUGGUGUGCAGUAAUCGCUUAUGAUGCAUGUGUUAGGGUCUGUCUUCAUGCGUGGGCGCAGUCUUGUUGCACUGAAGUUCAAUGUUUCUUGGAGAACGAGUGCGCACUGUUGCGAGAUGCAUUUGGUUUACAGCAUGUAUUAUUACAAUCAGAAGAUGAGCUUUUAGCAGAACGACAACCUUCACAGCUACUCAGUACGUCAGCAGCUCCAAGACAUCUGAAAACUUCUGGCAAAAUAAAAGUGCAAGUUCGUAAAGUGAAAAUGGAUUCAGAUGAACCACCUUCUGGCUGCAGUUUCCCAUCUCCGAAACUACCAAGGAUACCACCUUCUGGCUGCAGUUUCCCAUCUCUGAAAAUACCAAGGAUACCACCUUCUGGCUGCACUCCAAAACUACCAAGGAUUGAUUAUGGCUCUUAUCGUAGACGCUUCUCCAGUUUAAGAUCAGAUUUAUCUUCUGGGUUGAAAUCUACAAGGAAACAUUAUCUACAACCUCGUGUUCCUCCAAAUGAUUCCUUUUCUCAUCAAAGCUUAGCUUGCCUAGAGGCUGGAGGGAAACGUAUAAAACAAGGAUCUAGCUUCCUAAAAACAAGGACAAAUACUUUGUGCAACCGUUCUUCAUCGAAUGAAAUAGUGCAAGAAACUUAUUCCUGCUUCUUAAGAUUGACAAGUUCACCUGAAGAGGAUGCAAUACAGAUGCAACCCGGAUCGAGUGAAACCCGCGUGUUGUUUCCACAUAGCAAUGGUGAUGAUUUGAUUAUACAAGUUCAAAAUUCCAAGGGACAACAUUGUGGUCAUGCCUUAGUCAAAGUGACUGCUAUUGCUGAACCGGGUGACAAGAUACGAUGGUGGCCUAUAUAUAGCAGUAGUGAUCUAGACGAUGAACCUGUCGGCAGAAUACAAUUAAGCAUGAAGUAUUCUAGUAGUCCAGAUGAAAAUAAUAAUCUUAAGCAUGGCUCGAUCGCAGAAACUGUUGCAUAUGACUGUGCAUUAGAAGUUGCAAUGAAGGUUCAACAUUUUCAGCAAAGAAAUUUGUUGUUACAUGGCUCAUGGAGGUGGUUAGUGACUGAAUUUGCAUCCUACUAUGGAGUAUCCAAGACAUACACCAAUUUAAGAUACCUUUCCUAUGUCAUGGAUGUCGCUACACCGACCAAAGACUGUCUCACCACAGUACAUGAUUUGCUAUCAGAUGUGAAGACCAAGAGCACAAAUCUGUUAAGUUAUCAAGAGAACUGCAUGCUGGCAAAGAUCGAGGAUCAAGUAAAGAAGACUCUUGCUUCAGUUUUUGAGAACUACAAGUCACUUGAAGAAUCUUCACUGUCAGGGAUGGUGGAUUGUUUUAGGCCUGCCAGUGGAACGGCUGCGCCUGCUUUGGCACCUGCUGUCCAGCUAUACGCCCUUCUUUAUGAUAUUUUGAGUCCUGAGGCACAGUUGAAAUUAUGCAAAUUUUUCCAGGUCGCCGCAAAAAAGAGGUUAAGAAUGCACUGUGUAGAGAUAGAUGAGCUGGUUCUAACCAGUAAUGAGGGAACACAGAGAGACCUUUCUACAUCUUAUCAGAAAAUGAAAUCUCUGAUUUUGGGUCUUAGAAAUGAAAUUCUGACUGACAUAGAAAUCCACAAGCAAGGUAUCCUCCCAAGCUGUAUAGACCUUCCAACUAUUUCUUCAUGCAUAUACAGUUUUAACCUCUGCAAUAGAUUGCGUGCUUUCCUUGUUGCAUGCCCUCCUCGAAGCCUAUCGCCUCCAGUUGCAGAACUUGUUAUUGCAACUACAGGAUUUCAACAGGAUCUUUCUUUGUGGAACAUCAACCUUGUUAAAGGUGGAGUUGAUGCCAAAGAGCUGUUUCACUCGCAUAUAACCACGUGGAUUCAGGACAAGCGCAGUCAUUUGCUUGACCAGUGCAAGCUAGAUAAGGCAAAAUGGUCUGGUGCCAGAACACAACAUGGAACAACCCCUUUUGUUGAUGAUAUGGACAAUGAGCUGAAGAAAAUGCUCGAUGAAUUCGAAAUCAUCAUUAGUCGGUGGCCAGUAUAUACAUCUGAUUUGGGGAAUGUUAUUGCCGAUGUUGAGAAGGCAAUUGUGGAAGCUUUGGACAAGAACUACGGUGAUGUUUUGUCGCCGCUGAAGGAUAAUAUGACAAACAAAAUAUUAGGCUUCAAAUACGUCCAUAAAUUAUCCAGACAGGGCGGGAACAUGUAUUCGGUCCCAAAUGAGUUGGGAAUUCUUUUUAACUCCAUGAAGAGGAUGUUAGAUGUCUUGUGGCCCAACAUAGAAAAGCAGUUGAUGUCGUGGAGCUCUUGCAUCCCUGAUGGAUAUGCCACAGGAGUACGUCUACAAGAUGAAGCUGCGAUGCUCAGGACCAAAUUUAGAAGCUACCGAUUAGCAGUUGUGGAGAAACUUGCUGAGAAUACUAGAGUUGCUAGUAAAACGAAGUUAAAGAAAAUUAUUCGAGGCUCGAAGGGCGAGGAAUCAGCUGUCCCAAGUAGAAUGCAGGCUUUAGAGGUUCUUUUGCUAGGGACAAUAGAUAAUCUCCACACUGUUUGUGAUCCUACUGUGUUUGUAGAACUCUGCCGAGAGUUAUGGGACCGGAUGGGACAGGAUGUCCUGCAUCUGUUGGAAGAUAAAAGAAAGAAGGCGGUGUCCCAGUGCAAAUGCUUGCGAGUUGCGGUUUCUAAGUUGGAUGACAUAUUUGCGUCAGAAAUGCAGCGGCUGCGUGGAAAUUUAUUGAAAGAAAAAUACCUGGAGCCACCACAAUCUAUGAAUGAAAUACAUUCCAUGUUGUAA